ACAGCGUUCGACUAAUUGUCCUUUUCGAAGAACUCACUCAAUCAUCAUGCAGUGCUCUCUGGUCUUCUUGGCUCUCGUCGGCUUUGCCGCAGCUGCCGUCAUCCCACACAACAACAACAACAACCACAACGUUGACAUCACCACCAAGAACAACAUCGUUGACUUCAACCAGAGGAAUGGAGUGACCUACAACUACAACCCAUACAACAACCGCAACAACUACAACAACAACCAGAACAACAACUACAACCCAUUCAACAACCAGAACAACAACUACAACCCAUACAACAACCAGUACAACAACUACAAUGGUUACAACAACGUCAACCCAUUCUACAACCCAUACAACAACCAGUGCUUCAACAACCAGUACAACAACGUGAACAACCAGUUCCAGAACCAGCAGUACAACAACCAGUUCCAGAACCAGAGGUACAACCACCAGAACCAGUACCAGAACAACCAGUUCCAGAACCAGAUCUACAACAACCAGUUCCAGAACCAGAGGUACAACAACCAGAACCAGUACAACCAGGUCCAGAACAACCAGUUCCAGAACCAGCAGUACAACAACCAGGUCCAGAACCAGAUCUACAACAACCAGUUCCAGAACCAGAGGUACAACAACCAGAACCAGAACAACCAGGUCCAGAACACCCAGUUCCAGAACCAGAACAACCAGGUCCAGAACACCCAGGUCCAGACCAACCAGGUCCAGAACACCCAGUUCCAGAACCAGAACACCCAGUACCAGAACCAGAACAACCAGUUCCAGUACCAGAACAGGCAGGUCCAGAACAACCAGUUCAACAACCAGAAUGGCCAGAAUGUUAACAACCAGAACCAGUUUGUGAACCAGUACCAGAACCAGAACCAGGUCAACCAGGUCCAGAACCAGAACCAGGUCAACCAGGUCCAGAACCAGAACCAGGUCAACCAGGUCCAGAACCAGAACCAGAACCAGAUCAACCAGGUCCAGAACCAGAACCAGAACCAGGUCAACCAACAGAACCAGAUCACCAAGAACCAGAACACCAAGGUCCAGAACCAGAUCAACCAGAACCAGAACAUCCAGGUUGAGAACCUCAUCAACAACCAGAACCAGGUCAACCAUGUCCAGAACCAGAACCAGAUCACCAAGAACCAGAUCAAGAACAACCAGAACCAGGUCAACACCAACCAGAACCAGAACAACCAGGUCCAGAACCAGAACAACCAGAACCAGGACAACCAGGUUGAGAACUUCUACAACAACCAGAACCAGGUCAACAACAACCAGGUCAACCAGAUCCAGAACCAGAACCAGGUCAACACCAACCAGAACCAGAACAACCAGGUUGAGAACUUCUUCAACAACCAGAACCAGGUCAACAACGUGAACAACCAGAACCAGAAGAACCAGUUCUACAACCAGUACCAGAACCAGGAGACCUACUUCAACAACCAGUACCAGAACCAGAAGUUCAACAACCAGAACCAGGUCAACCAGUACAACAACCAGAACCAGUACCAGAACCAGAACAACCAGUACCAGAACCAGAACAACCAGGUCCAGAACACCCAGGUUCAGACUAACCAGGUCCAGAACAACCAGGUCCAGAACAACCAGUUCCAGAACCAGAACAACCAGGUUCAGAACACCCAGUUCCAGAACCAGAACACCCAGUACCAGAACCAGAACAACCAGUUCCAGUACCAGAACAGGCAGGUCCAGAACAACCAGUUCAACAACCAGAAUGGCCAGAAUGUUAACAACCAGAACCAGUUUGUGAACCAGUACCAGAACCAGAACCAGGUCAACCAGGUCCAGAACCAGAACCAGAACCAGAACCAGAUCAACCAGGUCCAGAACCAGAACCAGAACCAGAACCAGAUCAACCAGGUCCAGAACCAGAACCAGGUCAACCAGGUCCAGAACCAGAACCAGGUCAACCAGGUCCAGAACCAGGUCCAGAACCAGAACCAGAACCAGGUCAACCAGCAGAACCAGAUCACCAAGAACCAGAACACCAAGGUCCAGAACCAGAUCAACCAGAACCAGAACAUCCAGGUUGAGAACCUCAUCAACAACCAGAACCAGAACCAGAACCAGAUCAACAACCAGAACCAGAACCAGGUCCAGAACCAGAACCAGAUCAACAACCAGAACCAGAACCAGGUCCAGAACCAGAACCAGGUCCAGAACCAGAACCAGAUCAACAACCAGAACCAGAUCAACAACCAGAACCAGGUCCAGAACCAGAACCAGAUCAACAACCAGAACCAGAUCACCAAGAACCAGAACAUCCAGGUUGAGAACCUCAUCAACAACCAGGUCCAGAACCAGAUCACCAAGAACCAGAUCAAGAACAACCAGAACCAGGUCAACACCAACCAGAACCAGAACAACCAGGUCCAGAACCAGAUCUACCAGAACCAGGACAACCAGGUCGAGAACUUCUACACCAACCAGAACCAGGUCAACACCAACCAGGUCAACCAGAUCCAGAACCAGAACCAGAUCCAGAACCAGAACCAGAUCCAGACCCAGAACCAGAUCAACCAGAACCAGAACAACCAGGUUGAGAACUUCUUCAACAACCAGAACCAGGUCAACAAUGUGAACAACCAGUACCAGAACCAGAAGAAUCAGUUCUACAACAAGUACCAGAACCAGAAGUACAACACCCAGAACCAGAACAACCAGUUCCAGAACCAGAACAACCAGUUCCAGAACCAGUACAACAACCAGAACCAGAACCAGGUCAACCAGUACAACAACCAGAACCAGUACCAGAACCAGGUCAACCAGUACACCAACCAGAACCAGUACCAGAACCAGGUCAACCAGUUCAACAACCAGAACCAGAACCAGGUUAACCAGUACAACAACCAGAACCAGAACAACCAGGUCAACCAGUACCAGAACAACCAGGUCUACCAGUACCAGAACCAGAACAACCAGUUCCAGAACCAGGUUAACCAGUUCACCAACCAGAACCAGUUCACCAACCAGAACCAGUUCAACAACCAGAACCAGUUCAACAACCAGAACCAGUACACCAACCAGGUUACCAGCCAGAACCAGAUUGAGACCAACCAGAACACCGGUAUCUUCCAGGCUAUCAAGUCUUUCUUCUAA